GCAUUUCCCAGAAGGCCGUGCUCGCUGUCUCGUUAGCUGGGCUACGGGUCGGUGGGGCGAACCUCUCAUUCUGGACUUCUUAAUUUCUCGGGGGGAAUGAGUGACGGUGGACAGAGGACUUUGGCGGCGCCAUCUGUAGGCUGCCUUGCCUGGGGGCGCAGGACGCGGAGACCAUGGAGCCGGCCAUACAGCUCUCCUUCCAGUCGGGGGGCAAAAAGCCGAGGCGCCGCGACUCCUUUAAUCGCGGUGGGCGGGGCGAGGCGAAGCGACCCGCGUUGCUAUUGGCGGCGGUUGGGGGCGCGGAAACUGAACGGGACGCAACUGCAGCCGCUGUUUCCUCGGGCUCCUCUGGCGCCUUGGGCGCCCCUGGCCCCGCCAUGGCAGCGCCUUGCCUGGAGGACCCCUCGCUGGAGAGGCAUUUUAAGGGCCACAGGGAUGCAGUUACCUGUGUGGACUUCAGUCUCAACACGAAGCAGCUGGCCAGUGGCUCCAUGGACUCAUGCCUCAUGGUGUGGCACAUGAAGCCCCAGUCACGUGCCUACCGCUUCGCCGGCCACAAGGACACUGUCACCUGUGUGAACUUCUCCCCUUCGGGACACCUGCUUGCCUCGGGCUCCCGCGACAAGACUGUCCGCAUCUGGGUACCCAACGUCAAAGGCGAGUCAACCGUGUUUCGUGCACACACGGCCACAGUGAGGAGCGUCCAUUUCUGCAGCGAUGGCCAGUCCUUCGUGACAGCCUCCGACGACAAGACAGUCAAGGUGUGGUCAACUCAUCGCCAGAAAUUCCUGUUCUCCCUGAGCCAGCACAUCAACUGGGUCCGCUGUGCCAAGUUCUCCCCGGAUGGGCGGCUCAUCGUGUCUGCCAGUGAUGACAAAACUGUCAAGGUGUGGGACAAGACCAGCCGGGAGUGUGUCCACUCGUACUGUGAGCACGGCAGCUUUGUCACCUACGUGGACUUCCACCCCAGCGGCACGUGCAUCGCCGCCGCCGGCAUGGACAACACAGUGAAGGUGUGGGACGUGCGGACUCACCGGCUCUUGCAGCACUAUCAGCUGCACAGUGCGGCGGUGAAUGCCCUCUCCUUCCACCCGUCGGGAAACUACUUGGUCACGGCCUCCAGCGACUCAACCCUGAAGAUCCUGGACCUCAUGGAGGGCCGGCUGCUCUACACGCUCCAUGGACAUCAGGGUCCAGCCACCACUGUUGCCUUUUCAAGAACGGGGGAGUAUUUUGCUUCUGGAGGUUCUGAUGAACAA